AUGGUACAGCUAACUCCCGGCGUUAGGUUCACAGCUCAGAUCUCUGGAACAGUCUUUACACCCUUGCUUGUCGCUCACUUUAUUUUGACACUCGCAUCCUCACGUCAGUUCCCGAUUGCUACAUCACCCUGGCUUCACUUUCUGCUAUGCGCUUUGGCUCUACCUGUGUGGGUUUACGCACGGUCCUGGUGGUCCUACUUGCGUGAAGAACGAGAGAUCGCAGCUCUCGGCGCUGUCCGCGUGCCAGCGGUGCAGGCAUCAUGGCCGGGGAAUCUUGAUAUCGUCUUCGCCAGGUUGAAGGACGGCAAGGAAGGGUAUCCUGCGGAUGCUAUGCAAUCACUUACUCUCAAGUAUGGGAAAAUUGUGAAUAUGCGAGUCCUUGGAAAAGACCGCAUUAUCACGUCAGACCCAGAGCACAUGAAGUGUGUAUUGGCGACCAAUGUACAGAAUUGGGAGAAAGGCCCUUAUUUCCGGAACAUGGCGUCUUCCGUGUUGGGUUCUGGCGUGUUCAACGCAGAUGGGGAAAUGUGGCAGUUUCAUCGCUCAACGACACGGCCAUUCUUCAGCCGAGAACGAGUUACAGACUUUGAGAUCUAUGAGCGCCAUACAAACGAAGCGAUUCAGGUUAUAGCAAGCCACCUCGAACGAGCCUUCGACUUUCAGGAGCUAGUCCGAAGGUUCACCUUAGAUGCCGCCAUGGAUUUUCUGCUUGGCGCUCGUGUACACUCACUUCAAGAGCUACAGCUUCAAUCUGGGAUCGAAACUCGGUCUCCAGAAGAUAGCGAGUUAAGAACGUUUGAUCUUGCUUUCUUUACUCUUCAACAUCAUUUAGCUCAGCGAAGCCGUCGAGUUCCCAUAUGGCCCCUUUUCGAAGUCAAACAAGAUAUCACUAGUAAAGACAUGCAUAUCGUUCGAAAUUUCCUGCAGCCUUUGAUUGCCAAUGCUAUAGAACGAAAACAGGCAAGAGUAGUCCAGAGCAAGGCGCCUCAAUGGGUCGAGAGCGAGGAGAAAGGGACAUUGUUGGAUCAUCUCGUGUCUGAGACUGAUGAUCAAGCUCUUAUACUGGACGAAACCAUCAACAUGCUCUUCGCAGGCAGAGACACGUCAUCUGCGUUUCUUACCUAUAUAGCCUACGCCUUGGCCAUUCACCCUUCCGUUGUCACACGUCUGCGGGGUGAGAUUCUUCGUGAAGUUGGAUCCCGCCCGCUUACCGUAGACGAUAUCCCGAAACUCAAAUACUUAAGGGCUGUCUUAAACGAAACGCUGCGACUAUUCCCUCCUGUCCCGGGAAAUGCAAGAGUCCCUAUCAAGUCUUGUACCUUACCACCAAUCAAACCCGGAGCGAAACCCUUUUACAUCCCAGCAGGAACCAACGUUCCUUUCUCAAUCAUGUACAUGCACAGAAGUAAGGACCUGUGGGGAGAUGAUGCCGAAGCGUUCGAUCCCGAAAGAUGGAUCGACGAUCGCUUGAAGAAGUCUUAUCUCGCCAACCCCUUCAUCUUCUUACCUUUCAAUGCUGGUCCUCGUAUCUGUCUCGGACAGCAGUUUGUUUUGCACGAAGCUGCAUUCUUUACCGCAACUAUCCUCCAGAAAUUCGAACGCAUCGAACUUGCUGAGGAUGCGAUGCCGCCUGAGGCUAGGCCCCCGGCGGCAUGGAAGAAAGGUCCAGGGAGGAAGGCGAUAGAGAAGAUCAAGCCCAAGUCCGAUUUGACGCUGUCUGUAGAGGGAGGUCUCUGGCUACGGUUCAAGAGGGCUGAACAUAUCGAGAUCUCUUGAAUCGAAAGUCUCCGCUUGUACUGAUUCGCACGACGCGCAUUUCGUCGCGUCAGAGUUGACGAAUGGGUCACGUCUGCUUCCUGACUGUUAUUCAGGCUGGAUCUGUAAGGUCAUGCACGUUCUUGUUGGAUAUUUGACUUCUUCUAUGUGAUUUGCGUGGGACAUCGGUAUUCCUUGCGGCUGAGCACCAGACCAAUCUCACGAGCACUGUGACUCAUACUCACGCUCCUCCGCUUGUUUAACUAACGCCCUCGCCCGUCCGCCCAACAAGGCUCCUUACAACUCGUUUCGUUUCGAUGUCGGAUAACGUUUCUUCUACCACCAUUGACGAAAGCUUCUAUAAGCUAGACGACGAUGAG